AUGGCUUUCAAGAAAUACUCUUUCAAAGACCAUUUGGCCAGGUUAUUGUUUAGGGACUCUUUAGCCACACGCUCGUACACGGCAGCCGCCUUAGAGUAUUGCUGGAUAGUGCUGUCGCAGUACAAGUCUGCAGCCUUGAGAGCGAACUUGUUGGCCAGAGCUGAGGCCGAAUCGCCUUUGUACCAUUCGCUAGCGUCCUCAUUAGCAGCUUGGACAUACAAGUCUCCGGCCUCUUCGUAUCUGGACUGCUGGGACGAUCCGAAGAACGAGGAGAAUCCCCCCACUUUCUUACACUUCUUGUCGGCCUGCACUGGCUCCUCCACCACCGUUACAAAUACCAGCGGCUCCGUACUUGCCGCCUUCCUGGGUCAACACAGACAGCAAGGUGACAAUGACUCUGGCACCAGAGCAGCCCAAAGGAUGGCCAAUGGCAACAGCUCCUCCGUAGACGUUGACUUUAGCCAGGUCGAGAUCCAAAAGCUUGGCGUUGGCAAGACCAACAACAGAGAACGCCUCGUUGAAUUCGAAGUAGUCAAUGUCCUUCAGCUCCAAUCCGGCGUGCUUGACGGCCUUAGGAACAGCCAAAGAUGGGGCAGUGGUGAAGUCGACUGGGGCGUGUGCAGCGUCUCCCCAACCAAUGAUCUUGGCAAUUGGCUUCAAUCCCAGCUCUGCAACCUUUCUGGCACUGACAAGAACAACAGCAGCACCUCCGUCGUUGAUAGGAGAGGCAUUUGGAGCAGUGACGGUUCCGUCUUGCUUGAACACGGUUCUGGCACUUCUCAGCUUGGCCUCGUUCAACUUGGAGGUCUCCUCGUCGAUCUCAACAACGGUGUCUGGCUUGCCUCUGGUACCCUUGAUGGUGAUUGGGGCGAUCUCGGCCUUAAACUUGCCGUUAGCAUGGGCCUUCUGGGCCUUCUUGUACGACUGGAUGGCAAAGUCGUCCUGCUCCUCUCUGGAAAUGUUGUGGUCAGCGGCACACUUUUCAGCUGCCACACCCAUGGCUUUUCCGUCACCGCCACGCGCAGCAGGAACGUAGUAAGGGGUGUUGGUCAUCGACUCAGCACCUCCAGCAACAACAAUAUCGCCGGAGCCGGUAAGAAUGUGUUGGGUUCCAAGAAUAAUGGCCUUCAUAGCAGAGGCACAAACCUUGUUGAUGGUGGUGGCAGGAGUGUUCUCCCCGAGCCCAGCCUUCAAAGCAACCUGUCUGGCAGGAGCCUGGCCAACAUUGGCCUGCAAAACGUUACCAAAGAAGAUCUCCUCCACGUCGGUGGGUUUGAUCUCAGGAACCUUGGCCAACGCAGCCUUCACUGCGUGGGCUCCCAGGUCAACAUACGACUGGGACGACAAGGUACCUUGGAAAGAGCCAAUAGGCGUACGGGCAGCGGCAACGAUAUAAACGUGUUCUUUAGACAUAGUUAUUAG